AUGUCGAACCGAUACGCCUUCGGCGAGAUCGAUCCGUUCCUGAACAACGACAACCCCAUACCGAAUUUCUUGACGGGAAUGAUCAGGUGUGAGCCGUGGCCAGACCUAUCCGCGAUCAACGCUGGACAAGAUGUUUUCGGCACAGGUAUCGAAUACGUUUACAACGACAUUGUGAGGAUUCUAAAAAAAACACUGAUGCACGAUUUACGCCAACUCAAAUUACCAGGGUGCAAAGCAGUGUCGAAAUUCGCGGAUUUCCAUGCUGGGGCAAUCGCUGUGUUACAACGCAUGGCCGUUCAGACUGGCAGUGGGCGACUUGUGAGGAGGAUGGCAAUUGUUGGGAGGACCAUGGAGAUUGGCUUACACGAUCACUUCGUCAGGCUGCUGCAUAUGGUGCUACACCAGGGCAUGACUAAGACGGAGGCACAGCGGGCUUUUCGGGAUGUGCAUGAUUUGGUGGAUGGAAGUUUGACAGUGAGGAGGAUGCGUCUCGCGGUGAACACAGAUAUUUGA